AUGCUUGGUAAAAUGUCUGGCAAAGGGAAGCCCCUGGGUGGAGCACCCAUGAAGCAAGACUUGCCAGGCUUCAGCCACCCAACCCAGGAUCCAGCGUGUGAGGGAAGCAGGCACAUGCCACCUGCUCCCUGGCUGGCAGCGAUUCUGGAUCUGGUCCACCUUAGCAAGGUGGUCUGCAUAAUUGUCCUGCGGAAGGAGGCUGCCACGGGGACGGUCACGCCGGGCGUGCGGGGGUCGCGCCUACGCCCCUGUCGCCGAGCCCGCAGUGUCACCCGCGCGCCCCCGGCCCCUCCAGCCACAGGCUCUGCAGAGGGGUUCGGGGCCCCUGCGGGAGCCGGCGACAAAGCCGGGGAGGCCACGGGCGAAGAAGGCGCCAUCGGUACGGAGGCGGAGGCGGAUAAGCAGCAGGUGGAGGAGGAGAAGCCGGAGGUGGGCGCGGAGGCCCGGGGGGUCCUGGGGCCCCUAGACCUGGGCGGUCUUAUUGUGGACCCGCUGGAGGCCAUCCAGUGGGAGCUGGAGGCCGCGAGCGCCCAGGCCGACAGGGCCUACCUCCGGCUGGAGCGCAGGUUCGGCAGGAUGCGCAGGUUGCACCUGGCCAGGAGGAGCUUCAUCAUCCAGAACAUCCCUGGCUUCUGGGUCACCGCCUUCCUGAACCACCCGCAGCUGGCAGCCCUGAUCAGCCCCCGGGAUGAAGACAUACUCUGCUAUCUGAUGAAUCUGGAGGUGAGAGAACUCAGACAUGCCAGGUCAGGUUGCAAGUUCAAGUUCCGCUUUUGGAGCAAUCCGUACUUCCGAAACAAGGUGAUUGUGAAAGAGUACGAGUGUAGAUCCUCGGGUCGAGUGGUGUCCAUUGCAACUCCCAUCCGUUGGCACCGGGGCCAGGAGCCACCCGCCCUGAUCCACAGAAACCGGGACACGGUGCGAAGCUUCUUCAGCUGGUUUUCACAGCACAGCCUCCCAGAGGCUGACAGGGUUGCCCAAAUCAUUAAAGAUGACCUGUGGCCCAACCCUCUGCAGUACUACUUGCUGGGGGAUAGGUCUCAUAGAGCCAGGCGAGGCCUCGCAAGGUGGCCCACUGAGGCCCCUUCUAGGCCCUACGGAUUCCAGUCUGGCUAAGUCCUGCCCUGGCCCGCAAUACCUACAUGACACCUGUCUCUUAUAGACCUUCUGUUUGCCUUCUCUGGAUGUUGGGUGGACCCAGCCCCAAGACUGGUUUUCAUGGCCAAUCUCUACAGUUCCCAUGUGACUUACUUGCUGGUCUGCAUCAAUAUUGUGUGACUAUCAUAUGCCUCUGCGUUCACCACAGGCCUCCCCGCCACCCCCCCCCUCCCCGGCUCUGGACCACUACCAUCUUCAUGGCCUGAAACUACCUGAGGGCCUCCCGACCACUUUUUUUUUCUUUUUCUUUUCUCAUGAGCACCUAUGAGGUGUCACAAGACCAACCAUUGCAUCUUUGAAGGCUCAAGCUUUAAGGUCUUGUCACCCAAGAUGAAGUGGGCACACUUGGAAAGGAGAGAACCACCCGACUUGGACAUUCCAUGGCCUCAGGCCAGACUCCCAUCAAAUGGACUAGUGGGCACCUGGCAGCAUGGGCAGCCAGAUGACCGGGCAGGGUGAGGCCUAGGGUGAGUGCCCAGCGAAGGAUCCUUUGCAUUUAACACUGCUCUUCUUGCCCCAUGUUGCCCCCUCACCACUGCCUGAGCUGUGCUCCAUUGUGCUUGGCCAUCACCUUUCUGAGGAGCUUUGCUCAGGCUACCCUCAUCCCUCGUGCCUGCUCCCAUGCUCAAGAGCUGCCUAGGGAUGCAGGCAGGGGCCUCCUGCCCUAUUACCUGGAAAUAGUGCCAUCAUCUGAUCCAGGGGGACAGGGAUGGGAUCUCUUCCAGGAGCCCCAUUAUUGAGCCUACACAAAAGCUGGGUCCUUUGCCAGCUCCCCCUGUGCCCACCUAUGUUUAGGCUACCAGGUUGAGGUGGCUAUGGGGCCACACUAUUUUUUAAAAUGACAACUCAGAAACAAAGUAACUGAACAAGCAAAGCUUUUGCCAACAGCAAAGGAGACAAACUUUCUUGAACUCAGCUGUCUCUAGAGGGGGAGAGCUUGUCCUGUUAACUGCUUGUGCUCUUCACUCCUUUGUCCUAUCCCUUCUUCAAAACGGGGCAGUCAGUGCUGGGCAAGCUAUACAGAGAGCAGGAAGUCCCCAGGGGCAGGGAGAGUUAAUCAUUGUACACUGUAUUCUUUUAGAGGCACUUCACCCCUGAUUCUCUUCCUCCAGGUCCCUUUCUGUGUUGUCGUCCCUCCUUCCCCUGCCCAUGGGUUCCUCUAUGUUUAAGAGCUGAGCUGCCCUAGCAGGCUUGUCCUCUCCAUUUUACACAAGGCCUUGUCUUCUGGGACAUGGGGACAUAAUGGUGGGGAGCAGAAAACGUAAGUCAGAGCAGCUGCAAAGGAAGGAGUGGCUGACAGCUCUGGGUGGAGGAGAGAGCCCUUGAGUCUUGUGAGCUUUUUUCUUUCACCAAUAUUUUGUAAAUUAGAAGACUAAUAGAACACUAAAGCUUCACAGGUUUUCUCACCUGGGCCAGGUAUCACUGGUGUGGUUAGAAAGCUAAUGUUUUAGGCUCUUUAUUUUGCUACUUUUGUCUAAGUCCUCUGUACAUUUCCUUCGCUGUUUGAGCCCCCUGGGAAAUGGAGCUGUACAUGCCUGCUUGCUGUUAGUUGAGAACAUUUGUAACUUCUGCCAAUGUAACUGUUCUAUGCCACUUGGAAACUUCCAUGUCUGUACACUGUAAAUCAGUUGUGGCCUGAUGCUAUAUAACCCUGCCUUACAAGGAGAAUUGGAAUACAGUGCAUCUAUAGAAUAACUUCCAGGAGGAAA